AUGUUUCAACAAGAAAAAUUUUUGAUCGAUGGUGUACCGAUAACAUUAAGAUUUAAAUUGGCACCAGAUACAUUUGGAUUGACCUGUUCCACUCAAGGACCAAUCAAUUUGAAAUUUCAACAGCUUUCACUUUUCGUAAGACGAGUGAAACUUUUUAUGCCCGUUCAGAUGACAAUUGAAAAAAACUUGACCAACUCAAUGGUAAAAUACUAUUUCCAGCGUAAUGAGGUUAAAUCAUAUCACCUUGUGAGUGGCUUCGCUGCCAAUAGCAUUGACAAUGUGUAUAAUGGUCAACUACCCCGAAGGGUCAUUAUUGGAUUUGUAUCUGACAAGUCUUUCAACGGAGAGAUACAAACUGAUCCGUUCAAAUUUGAACACGGAAAUAUUAAAGAGAUUGCUUUUGUUGUUAAUGGAAUAAAGAUACCAGCUUCUGCUUAUAAACCGGAUUUCAAGAAUAGUAUUUAUGUUCGUGAAUACUACAACAUGUUCCGGUCAAUGAACCAAGAGAAUGGAAUACCUAAAAUUAAUAUCAAGUACAAAGACUAUGCAAAGAACCACCCUUUGUUUGUUUUUGAUUUAAGUGAUGACGGUACUCUUACCAAUGAAUCUGGGACUCUAUCAUUGAUUAAACGAGGUAGCGCUCGAAUAGAUAUUCAAUUUACUGACGCUUUAACCACAGGUCUACACAUGAUAGUUUUUGGUGUUCAUGACAACGUACUACAAAUCGAUUCAUCGCGGAAUAUAAUUACAGACUAUUGA